UUCUCGCUGUGCUCACUGGCCAACGCCUUCCAGUGGAUCCAGUACAGCAUCCUGAGCAGCGUGUUCGUGGGCUUCUACGGCGUGGACUCGGCGCGCGUGGACGCGCUGUCGCUGGUGUACAUGGUGGCCUACGUGCCGCUCAUCCUGCCCGCCACCUGGCUGCUGGACGCGCGCGGCCUCCGCCUCUGCGCUCUGCUGGGCGCCGGCCUCAACGCGCUGGGCGCCUGGGGCAAGUGCCUCAGCCUGCGGCCCAGCCGUUACGUCGUCACGCUACUGGCCCAGAGCGUGUGCGCCGUGGCGCAGGUCUUCCUGCUCGGCCUGCCCUCGCGCGUCGCCUCCGUCUGGUUCGGGCCCCGCGAGGUCUCCACCGCCUGCGCCGUGGCGGUGCUGGGCAACCAGCUUGGUACUGCAAUAGGUUUUCUGUUACCACCAGUCUUGGUUCCAAAUACAGUUGAUGAUAUUGAUUUAAUGCAGCAUAAUAUCGGCAUCAUGUUCUAUGGAACAGCAGUUGUAUCUACAAUUUUGUUCUUAAUAACAGGAGUAGUGUUUAAGGAAAGGCCUAAAUAUCCUCCAAGUCAAGCUCAAGCAGUUCUUCGGGACCAGCCUCCUGAGGGCUACUCCUAUAAGCAGUCAAUAAUUAACCUGUUCAGAAAUGUUCCUUUUGUGCUUUUGCUAAUAAGCUAUGGUAUCAUGACGGGAGCGUUUUAUUCCAUUUCCACAUUAUUAAACCAAAUGAUAAUAACUCAUUAUCCAGGAGAAGAAGUGAAUGCUGGGAGGAUUGGCUUGACCCUGGUAGUAGCGGGAAUGGUUGGUUCCAUAAUCUGUGGUUUGUGGCUGGAUUACACAAAAACAUACAAACAGACAACUUUGAUGGUUUACAUUCUUUCUUUUAUUGGAAUGAUCGUAUUUACUUUCACCCUCAACCUUGGAUAUCUCGUGGUAGUGUUUGUGACCGGAGGAGUACUUGGUUUCUUCAUGACUGGCUAUCUCCCUCUUGGCUUUGAGUUUGCUGUGGAAAUUACAUACCCAGAAUCAGAAGGAACUUCAUCAGGACUCCUUAAUGCUUCAGCACAGAUAUUCGGGAUUCUUUUUACACUGGUUCAAGGAAAGCUCACAUCAGCCUAUAGCCCUCUUACAGGAAACCUCUUCCUCUGUGCUUGGAUCUUUGUCGGCAUCAUUUUAACAGCCUUAAUCAAAUCAGAUUUGCGAAGACACAAUAUAAAUUUGGGGAUUAUGAAUACUGACAUCAAAGCUGUACCAGUUGAUAGUCCUACAGAACAUGAAAGGAAUAAUGCUAUGUUAAGAGACCAGCCAGAAUCUGCUAUAUGAGACUGAAGGAAAGUAAUCUGCAAAUGCACAAGUUUCAUGUAAUGCUGAGAAGCACUGACUAGUGUAAUCACUGGACUGUAUCUGAAUAGAAAGAAUUGUUUGUUAGAUUGUUGGUGAGGUUGUGUAAAAUUGGUGAAAACUACGAUAUGAAAGCUAUGAAGAUGCACAAUUAAUUUUGUCUAAGGCACAAACAUUUUAACUUUUAUUGAAUAUUUAUUACAGUGGAUUUUUCAAAUUUUGUAGUCUCGCUAGUAAAGCUCUCUGAAGACUCUCCACCCUUCUGGAAGCAAUGCAGUUUCAGAAUACCAGUUCAGGGGGGAAAAAACAAAAAAAACCCCCAAAUCAAAACCCUACAUCAUAAAAUAUGAAUGUCAUAGUAAAUGGCCAUUCUGUUUUUAAAUUGCAUCAAUAUUUAUUAGCUAAUUCACUUGUACACAAUUAGAUUUUGCAAAUACAGAAUUCCUUAGUGGUGAAAUAGGCACCUGGUUAGUAGCACAGCUAGAAAUUGAAAAUUGUUGAAAGUAUCAAAGUAAUGGUUUAUUUUUUUCCAAAUUUUUUAGCAAGGUACAUAGAACAAGAAAUGACUACAAGUGUGAAUGUGUUGCACUGAAUCUGACGCAUCCUUUGCCUUGAACGGACCAAAGCGUAUGAGACUUCUUUAUACCAAAAUACAGGAAGCACUUUCUGUACAGGUUCAUCAUAAUACUCAUAGGGAGACUUGACAUUUAUCUACUGUAAAAUUGUUUUGGUUUUAUGUUGUUGUUUUUUUAAAGAAGGAAAAUGUCUCUUGGUAUCUCUGCAUUAAAACAUAAGCAACUGAGAGUUA